AUGUAUGUGAAAUUCCGCACCCAGAAAAAUGGGGAAAAUGGGGAGGAGAAACUAAAUGAACGAAACCCCAAUCCUUUGGGCCUCUGUUUUGUUUCUUCCACCUAUCGGUCCCUGGUACGGUUUGCCCAAGUCCAGGUGAUGCACCCGGGUUUGUCGCCCGCCUCCACUCCACUCUCUGUCUACUGGGACCCCAAAAGCCGACGCGCUAAGCUUGUUGAUGGCUCUGCCAUUGAGAAGUUUAUGCGUCGCCUGGCUGCAGCGGUGUACAAUUUGCACCCACUCCAUGAUAAAGCUGACCUCAGCAAGUGGAGCUCGCACUCCCUUCGUGUUGGUGCCUGCGUCAUUCUGCACAUCAUGGGAUUUUCUGACCGUGACAUCCAAUGGAUCCUCCGUUGGAAAUCCAUGUCAUUUGUCAUGUAUUUCCGCAAUGUGGCCAUUCUAUCUAGACGGCAAAACGCGGCCUUUGACCGACUCCAGGCUUUGCCUCGGCUGUAA